AUGGGUGAAAAAUUCUAUGCUGUUUUACUUUUUAUUUCUCUAUCGUUAGUUCUAUCAAAGGACUUACCUAAUAACCCCAACUGUCCUAUUUACACCUGCAAGACUUCAGGCCAAUCCUUUGUGAAUUCAACCUGCAUCUUUUAUACUCAAACAGCUAAAAAUCCUACAUACUUUAUCAAUGCAUGCUCAUCUGUUAAAGCUCCAUACUGCACGCCUUCAGUCAUGGCAAACUCCACAUGUGAAGCAAACCUUCCUAGCCCUCCUCUUAAUGCUUGGCCAGGUGAAAAGUGCCGUUCAUCAUCGGACUGCAAUUCUCUUCACGCACCUAGAGGCUGUGUAAGCGGGAUAUGUGUAGGAUCCCAAGUCAAUGAAGUUUGCUAUACAAAUGAUGACUGCAACCCUGGCUUACGCUGCCUAAAUCAAAUUUGUACCCCACAAAUCCCGAUUGGCCAAUCACAAUGCACAAGUGACUAUGACUGCGUAAAUAGUGCUGGCUGCAAUGUAGCAGAUACCCCUCAAAACAGUGUGUGUACACCUUAUUUUUCAAUUUCUUCACACCUCCCUGUGGGCGAUUGCACUGCAGAUAAUGUUUCUUAUCUCUGCAAUUCAGGUCUCAUAAAUAAAAUGCAUUCGGUUCGAGAGAAAUUAGCUUUGCUAAUUUUCUCUCCCUCAUGGCAUUUUAUUUAUGGGGUUAGGUUUUCUCUCGAGAACUUCUGCACAGCAAUAGACGUUUAACUCUGGGAAUAGCCAGAGGAACGCCUCCUCAGUGCAACCAGAGGCUCGGAGUUUUACCUCUCAGCACAUCUCCACUGGAAGAUGACCCUUAGGCGGAACACGCGCAGGAGCUGAGUCAGGGCGAGGCAUCGGCAACACGCCGAGUGAGAAGUGCAGCAAGACUGGCGACGAAGCUUUGAUAGAAGGCUUGGGCCUGGGCUGACCAGGUUAAUCCAAGAUGGCUCGGUGACAUCACAAGUUUUGCCAAAAGCCAUAGGGGCUGCGGCACCGGACACCUUAAACACUGAAUUAAGUAAGUAAGUAAGUAAGUAAGUAAGUAAGUAAGUAAGUAAGUAAGCAAUUCAGGUCUCUGCAUGGACAAUAAUGGAGUCUAUGAAUGCAUGAAUUUAUUGUCCUCAAAAGAAUUUCCAAAUAUUUGCCAAGUCGAUGGAGACUGCUAUUCAACUCGUGACGAUUUUUUCCCGAAUGGGAUUUUGUAUGGGACUUGCUAUUGCGGGUAUAAUCCGACAGCUACGAGUUAUUGCUCAAUUUUCCCUGGAGAUAAACCUUAUUUACAAGUGACAGCUUAUUUAAAGAAAUGGAUUCAGUCAAGUAAUAUUAACAGCUGCAAUACGAUGAGAAGAUUUGAUAUACAGUGCAUGAGCGAUUGGUGGGAGAAAAAAGAGUUCAAUUAUUAUUACUAUUAUUUGCUGAGUGCUGAUUUGUGGCCGCUUAUUGAAGGAUCUGAGAAAUGUACUCAGGAGGUUUAUUUAGCUAAUUGGUACCGAACCAAGAGUUUGCACUUAAGCCAGCCCACCUUCUUAAUGCCUGUAGCUGGGGUGACCCAGACAAAAUGUGGAAUAGAGGAUGGAGUUCAGUAAUGAGUAUAAGGUAAGGUUUUAAUUGGUUAUGUGGAGAUUAAGCCGACUGCAGUUCACAUACAGAUCAAGGUUUUACCUGGAGAGAGAUGGGACUCAGAGGAAGCUUCUCUUAUAAUCUUAAUUAAUUUAAGUUUAAGGUACCAAGCCAAGAAGAAUACAUAA